GUAAUGACCGCACGUUUCCGAUUGCCUGCUGGCAGAACCUACAAUGUACGAGCAUCUGAGCUGGCACGAGACAGGCAGCAUACGGAGGUGGUCUGCAACGUUCUUCUCCUGGACAACACUGUACAAGCUUUCAGAGUUAACAAACAUGAUCAGGGACAAGUUCUGUUGGAUAUAGUCUUCAAGCAUCUCGAUUUGACAGAGAGAGAUUACUUUGGUUUACAGUUGGCUGAUGAAUCCACUGAUAACCCUAGGUGGCUGGAUCCAAACAAGCCUAUCAGGAAACAAUUAAAAAUAAUGUUUUCCCUGAUUCUAGGAGGGUCUCCUCACAGUCUGAACUUCAGAGUCAAGUUUUUUGUAAGUGACCCAAACAAGCUCCAAGAAGAAUAUACUAGGUACCAGUAUUUUCUGCAAAUUAAACAGGACAUUCUUACUGGAAGAUUGCCCUGUCCUUAUAAUACUGCUGCUCUUUUGGCUUCCUAUGCUGUUCAGUCCGAGCUGGGAGACUACAACCAUUCAGAAAACUUGCCAGGCUACCUCUCAGACUAUUCUUUCAUCCCUAGCCAGCCUCAAGACUUUGAAAAAGAAAUAGCAAAAUUACAUCAGCAGCACAUAGGACUAUCUCCUGCAGAAGCGGAGUUCAAUUAUCUCAAUACAGCACGUACCUUAGAACUUUAUGGAGUGGAAUUGCACUAUGCAAGGGAUCAGAGUAACAAUGAAAUAAUGAUUGGAGUGAUGUCAGGAGGAAUACUAAUUUAUAAGAAUAGAGUACGAAUUAACACCUUUCCAUGGUUGAAGAUUGUAAAAAUUUCUUUUAAGUGCAAACAGUUUUUUAUUCAACUUAGGAAAGAAUUGCAUGAAUCUAGAGAAACAUUACUAGGAUUCAAUAUGGUGAAUUAUCGAGCAUGUAAGAAUUUGUGGAAAGCUUGUGUUGAACAUCACACGUUCUUCCGUUUGGACAGACCACUGCCGCCUCAGAAGAACUUUUUUGCACAUUAUUUCACUUUGGGUUCAAAGUUCCGGUACUGUGGGAGAACAGAGGUCCAGUCUGUGCAGUAUGGUAAAGAAAAAGCAAACAAAGACAGGGUAUUUGCAAGGUCCCCCAGUAAACCCUUGUCACGGAAAUUAAUGAGUGGGAUGGACUGGGAAGUAGUGAGUAGGAACUCGCUGUCUGAUGACAGGUUAGAAACCCAGAGCCUGCCAUCACGAUCUCCACCUGGAACCCCUAAUCAUCGCAACUCUACCUUCACUCAAGAAGGAGCCCGUUUACGACCCUCAUCAGUUGGACAUUUAGUGGACCAUGUGGUUCACACUUCACCAAGUGAAGUAUUUGUGAAUCAUAGAUCUCCAUCUUCCACCCAGGCUAAUAGCAUAAUACUGGAAUCAUCACCAUCUCAAGAGACUCCUAUAGAUGGGCAGCCUCCUGCAUUACCACCCAAACAAUUUAAAAGGAACAGUUGGAACCAAAUUCAUCAUUCUCACUCACAGCAAGAACUGGAUAACCAUAUUAAUGAAACAUUUGAUGUUCCUGUAUCUCCUGAAAAAUCCACACCCAAUGGGGGUGUCCCUCAUGACAAUCUUGUUAUGAUCAGAAUGAAACCAGAUGAAAAUGGAAGGUUUGGCUUCAAUGUAAAGGGUGGGUAUGAUCAGAAGAUGCCAGUAAUAGUGUCCAGGGUAGCUCCAGGAACACCUGCUGAUCUCUGUGUCCCUCGUUUGAACGAAGGGGACCAGGUUGUCCUGAUCAACGGCAGGGAUAUAGCAGAACAUACCCAUGAUCAAGUUGUUAUGUUUAUUAAAGCUAGCUGUGAGAGACAUUCAGGGGAACUUGUGCUCCUAGUUCGACCCAAUGCUGUCUAUGAUGUUGUGGAAGAGAAGCUGGAGAGUGAGCCUGACUUCCAGUACAUCCCUGAGAAAUCUCCACUUGAUGGUGUCCAUCAAGAUGAUAAUGCUCUGAGGGAAUCCAUGAUUCAGCUAGCAGAGGGGCUUAUCACUGGAACUGUUUUAGCUCAGUUUGAUCAAUUGUAUAGGAAAAAGCCUGGAAUGACAAUGUCUUGUGCCAAAUUACCUCAAAACAUUUCCAAAAAUAGAUACAGAGACAUUUCGCCUUAUGAUGCUACACGGGUUAUUUUAAAAAGUAAUGAAGAUUACAUCAAUGCAAAUUAUAUAAAUAUGGAAAUCCCUUCUUCCAGUAUAAUAAAUCAGUACAUUGCUUGUCAAGGUCCAUUACCAAACACUUGUCCUGAUUUUUGGCAGAUGACUUGGGAACAAGGCUCAUCUAUGGUUGUAAUGUUAACUACUCAAGUUGAACGGGGCAGAGUUAAAUGCCAUCAGUACUGGCCAGAGCCAUCAGGAAGCUCAUCCUAUGGGAAUUUCCAGAUUACCUGCCAUUCAGAAGAAGGAAAUCCUGCCUAUGUCUUUCGAGAAAUGACACUGACUAACCUGGAGAAAGAGGAAAGCCGCCAACUAACCCAAAUUCAGUAUAUAGCAUGGCCUGAUCAUGGGGUUCCUGAUGAUUCGAGUGAUUUCCUAGAUUUUGUGUGUCUUGUGCGAAAGAAGAGGGCUGGCAGAGAAGAACCUGUUGUUGUUCAUUGCAGUGCUGGAAUUGGACGAACAGGAGUUCUUAUCACUAUGGAGACGGCUAUGUGUCUCAUUGAAUGCAAUCAGCCCGUUUAUCCAUUAGAUAUUGUAAGAACCAUGAGAGAUCAGAGAGCCAUGAUGAUCCAAACACCUAGUCAGUACAGAUUUGUGUGUGAAGCUAUUUUGAAGGUGUAUGAAGAAGGAUUUGUUAAACCUUUAAAAGCAUCACUGCAUAAAUAGCAAAAAAAGGAAAGAUAUCAAUUGAGGAAUCCUGUCCUCUAUAAUGAACUGGCAGCAUUUUUGUGCCAUAAUACUGUUUGCAGGAAAUAAUAGUGAAGUACAGCAAAGAAUUGACAAAGGACUUUGAAAACUUCAGCACUGUUGCACUUUACGUUGAAACAGAAUCAGUCUCUGAAACUCUUCUAACCUUCAUGUGUUUGAAGAUUUUAUUUUCGUGCUUUGCUCUGAGCAACCCAUAAACUGAAAGAACUAAUUGUGUUCAGGGUAAUCUACAAUAUUUCAUUGUAGUGCCAUAUACUGCGCUUCUGGUUGAAUUGCUACAAACAAGGCUUGGAAUUAUUUCACUCUGUUUUACACCCAUGUCUCUUAAAAUGAAAAACAAAUGGAAAAAAUACACUAAGCCAUGGUCUUUUUCCAGUGCUAGGUUUAUUUACAAUGUACAGACUCUCACUUUCGUUUUUUACAACAUUAGCAAUAUUGCCAAUACUAGAGAGAUACACACUGCCUACUGAUGCAGCACACGUUGUCCUACACCCUUAUUAGAGACCGGCUGGUUAUUAGAGGAAAGCUGGCAUCCGUGUUAACCCAGCAGUAGCUGCAUAAUGCCCACUUACCAGCAUCUUGUAAAAUAAAUAAAAAUAAUAAACAGCAUUUCUUUGACACAUCUUGUGUGUCAUACACUGGUGUAUUCUGGUUCAUGUGACUUAAGAUUACGUGAUGGGAACUAGUGCAUGCAUUUAUGUCUUAACCCCUUAAGUGCCUUGAGACUUACAGCGUACAUCCAGUGAAAAGGCACUCGUGAUUCUGUGGGGGUGGUAUUGUCCUGUCGUAUUUAUCUUAAUGGGUUCAGAUUUUGAAAACGGCCCUUGGUGCUUGGAAUAUGUUACUGCAAGGGGUCAUGGAAAUACCAUUCCCUCUUUUCUUAUACAAGUACCUGCAUGCUACUCUUAGUAGCAAAAGCACCUCUGCCAACUUAAUGAAUGAGCGUUGUUUGCUGCUGUGUUGUAAUUAUGUGAAAAACCUGACACAUUCCUUCAUUCCUUUCAACUAGUCACUUCCUAGCAGCUUACCAUGAAAUGCUGGUAGGUCUUUAGAAGCUGAUACUUUGUUUUAUUCUUUUAUUGAAAAUAGCUGUCUUACUCAAUUAGGCCAUAAUUGUUUAAUAGCACUGAUACUUGAGUUAAACUUACAAUCAGAUGUGGUUCAAUUCCAUUAUCUGCUAACUGAUUAUUUUUUAAGUCCUUAUAGUUGAUUUCAAGCCAUGUUCGUACAGGUCUGCCUUUUUCUUUUUUUAAUAUAUAUAUGUGUGUGUGUAUACACACACACACACACACA